AUGGAUGAAUGGAUUUGCGAAGUAUGCUGCUCGACAUUCAGCCGACCAGAACAUCUCAAGCGUCACUCCUUGUCUCAUGAAAAUACUAGGCCGCAUGUCUGCGGACCAUGCGGAACUAGGUUCAAUCGAAGGGACUCACUGCGUCGCCAUGAACGGACUUGCAAGCUUCGUAAUGCAACUGAAGAAUUCGCUGACAAUGAGUUCUACCACGAUGCCGAUGAAGAAAAUGAGCCAAAGCGGCGAUGCUAUUCAAUACACACAGAGGAUAUCACCUCGAUUCUUGCUAGUGGGCCUAUGGAUGUCUCAGGAGGUCCAACCCUCCCUUUGGGAUCAAUACUCGGGCAAGAAGAUUUGAGUGCAGAUCAUCAUCCACAAAUAACCGAUGUGAAUGAGGGUAACCUGACGCUAUGUGAGACCAAUGAUGGGUCAUUAUCAGACUCAUUUCCCAACCCUGAUCAGUUUUGGUUACAAGAAAUGCCAUCACCGCUCGACUUCUCUACUCUGGAUCUAUUGUUUUCCUCUCAAAUAGAUUCCGACACCAUCAAAGCCGAGAAACUAGAACACUUGGCAUACUUCACCAGCUCCAGGGGGAUGUCCACCUUUGCCGACCGGGAAACAUUUCAAAAGAAUCAAAGGCUAGUCGCCGAGGACUAUAAGAACAGACAGGAAGACACGGGAACGACUCUUGAAACCGAUCCUUUGUCCAUCAAAGCACUGGAACUGGUUGAAAGCUUACGAGAUAUCAUGACAAACAAGCAAAACAGCGACGUGAUCACAAUUGAAUGGUCGUCAGCGACACAGACUCAGUGCCAGGGGUUCUUCUCACCUAUCAACAUCAAUCGUUUUCUGGAAUACUUCUGGGCUCUUUGGUAUCCGAACUGUCCAAUCAUCCACAAGCCCCUAUUCAAUCCGAACAACGCAUCACCUGCCCUGCUGUGCGUAAUGCUACUUGUAGGGGCUUGUCUGUCGCCUACCAAAAACGAUGCUCAAAGGGCUAGAAAAUGGCUCGACAGCGCAGAGGAACUCAUUUUCAGAAAUGAAUGUUUUCGAACUACCAAGACGCCUUCGGGAGCAACGCAUAACAAGGAAUGGCUGCAAGGAAUCCAGGCAGGGUAUCUUAUCUGCUCUCUCCAGAAGCGAGAGGGUCCCGGGGCGACACAAGCGCGGAUCCGACGAUAUCGUCAUGCAUCGAUGGUGACACUGGCAAGGCAAAUGGGGAUGGCAACGGCAUCACACAAGAGUUUGGAGACCAACUGCGACCCGCAAACUUGGUGGCGGCAAUUCGCUGAAGAAGAAGAGUUGAUUAGGACUGUCACCUUUGUCUUUCUCAUCGAUGCUGCGCUUGUCAUUUUCCAUAACUCACCACCGCGUGUGGUAGUGUCCGAAUUGAAGAUGAACGUUGCCUGUCCCGAGGCGUGCUUUCAAGCCGAGUCUGCAGCGGAGUGUCAACUGCAUCUCGAAGAAUGGAAAAAGACCCGAUUUUGGAAAAACGGACUAUUGAUAGUCUCCGUCGUGCGGCAGAUAUGCCAAAAUGAUUUUGAAGAUGAGCUAGCGCGAGAGUUUUCCCAACUCGGCACGUUGAAUCUUUUCACGAUCGUUCAAGCCAUUCACUCUUUGAUGUUUCACCUUGAAAACUCGCUCGUCUUUGAAGCGACCAUGGCACCGGUGCACACAGGCCUUGAGAAUUGGAGGCGCAUUUGGGACAAGCGUAUACCAGAAGACUUGGAUAACCCACAGACGCCAGGUACAUUGUGGAAACAAGUGGGAUUCCUUCGACAGGCUGCGGAAUUCUGGCAUCUGGCGCGUAUCAAAGCGACGAAGAUUACAAGUUCGGGUCAAGAUGACGAGGGAACACAGUUGUCUCCGCGUUACGACCAUACUGAUAUGGGUGAAGUCAACGGAUUGAUUAAGGAGUAUCGGCGGAUGACUCUUGGAAUGACUUGA